GCAAACAAAGCUAGCGAGCACAAGUAACCAGAGUUGCGUAUGAAUAAUACAAGAUUUACCGGUAGGCCUCCGCAUAGCAACCACCGUUAGCUUGUUUGACAACCAGCCUGCUAUGUACAAGUGUAGUAUAUUUCACAGCGCUAUUCGCGACUGGUUGUAAGCCAGUCACUCGACUAAAACGCUCUGCGUGGAUUUCAUCAACUUGUAUAGUGGAAGCAAUCUUAGACUUUAGUACAGCACGUGAACAUUUGGAACAAGAUACCCUGAAGAAUUUGGCCGAGUCACAGAACAAAUCCUUAAGUUUAACGCAUAACGGAUUCCCACAAAGGUUUAUUUGAAGAAACGUUCAACGCCUCUGAAGAAUUUCAGUGCCGAAAAUAUAUCUGAGGGUGUCGGAUUUUCAGAUUUUUUUCAAAUAUGUCCGCCUCCCCUUCCUCCCCCCGGCGAUCCAAGUCUCGGGUGAACAAGAUCUACCGCACCCCACCCACACCGCCACCCCAGGAGCUGCUGGGCAAGGAACAUACGUUUGUUCUGGAUUGUAACGCAGUCAGCAGUAUAUCCUGUGACUAUUCUAAAGCUAACCCGAAACUUGGGCCUGUGGUUCCUCCAUACAACUCCCAGAAGGACGGUCAUGUCACACCCUACUUCAAGUUCCACGGCGUGGAGAGGACGCUACGGAGGACGGGACAGGAAACAGGUGGGACCUCCAUUGACGGGCCCGUGAUGGACUACUUCCACGAGAAAGGAGCUGGCUACCAAUACUUGUCCAUGAGGAACCAGUUUGGCGCCGGUCAUUCACCGGAUGUAGUCAACGGACAUGCGCAGUUCAUGCAAGGAGUGAAGCCUGUUGUCGGGUACAAUGGGAAAUAUGGAUUCCGUAGGAAUACACCCUGGCUUCGGCAAUAUCCGUCACCAUUCGGAACAGCCUCCCGAUCCCCGACACAGUAGAGGCAACAGACUAACCACGCCUCUUCUGUGAUGACGUCAUCAGAUGUUUUCAUGAACACCAAGGGAGCUUACUCUCUUUGACAUUUUGAGCAAUACCUGCCGACCAAAGUCAUAGGAGAUGAAUCGGAGUGUCCAAGCUGAUGUGAUAUAAAAAAGUUGCUCAAAUAUCAGAUGUUUUCGUUUAGACGUUUUAGUUUAUGUUGAUUUCCUGGACGCCCACCUCAUGACUUUUGGUCCAUGGAGUUCUGGGAAGACGGGAGGAAUAUCGUGUUUACUUGUCUUUCUGAGGGUUAUCACUGUCUAUCGUAUUCUACAACCAGUAUUAUUACCCAAGAUUGGAAAACAGACGCAAUUGCUAGGCUAAAAGCAAUAAUCAAAAUACGUAUUGGGGCAUUGAUGAGACAAACGCGUUUCUUCCUAAUCAUUUCAAACCACAAAAUGUCACAAACAGUAUUUUCUAUAAUCAUUUCCAGACACCGUGGUCACGGAAUACUUAUUUGACCUUUAAAGGGAAUCUCCCAACUGAAAAUUGGUCAAACACACCUUUGCUUUUAAGUGGCAAUUGUCACAAUUAAACAUAUUCAGAGAGUGAAGGCGAUUGGUUAAUUCAAAACGAGGCCAGACAAGUCAGUAUGAGCCUCCCAAGUACGUUUUAUCUUGAACCACAAAACUGUCGUCUUUCAGUGUCUACAGCCAUUCCUCUUCAGUAAAUAAGGCCUACGGUUCCAUGGUGUUUACAAGUGUUUACUUCAUAUACUUAUGACGGAACUGUGGGUCGCUAGCUGACACAGUAUUGAUAUUUAUGUUUUCAACUCCGAAUGUACUCUUUGUUUUUUGUCAUUAAAAUAUAGCAAUAUCA